CGGCGGUCUGUUGCCUCGCCAGUCCCGUUGCCAUGGAGCUGCCCGGGAUCAGCGCCGCCUACCUCAAGCAGCUGCUGCUGGCGAUGGCGGCCAGCCUGGGCUACCUCACCGUGGGGCUGGUGCGCGGCUUCUCGUCGCCCGGGGUGCCCUCCAUGCAGCAGACGACGCCCUGGCUCGUGCCCGACGACGACGCCGUCUCCUGGGUCAGCUCGGUGCCGCCGCUGGGCGCGUUCGUGGGCAGCCUGGCGUCGGGCCCGCUGCUACAGCGGCUCGGCCGCAAGCGCACCCUCAUGAUCAGCGCGCCGCUGUUCGUCGCCUUCUGGGUGCUGCUGGCCUUCUCGCAGAACUACGCCAUGCUCUUCUCCGCGCGCAUCCUCACCGGCUUCUGCGCCGGCAUCUCCAUCCCGUCCGCCCAGGUCUACGUGAACGAGAGCGCUCACGCGCGCGUGCGCGGGGUGCUGGGUUCGCUGCCGGCGCUGUUCAUGUCGGGCGGCAUCCUGCUGGCCUACGUGCUGGGCGCGUGGCUGCCGUGGCAGGCGCUGGCCGGCGCGUGCGCGGUGCCGCCCGCGCUGCUCUUCCUCUCCCUGCUGCCGCUGCCAGAGUCACCCGUCUGGCUGGCCGACCGCGGCAGACACGCUGAAGCCGCGCGCGCUAUGGCCUGGCUACACCGCGACAGCGUCUUCGGUGGCGACCCUGCCGCCUCCCCGGAGCCACCAAUGGCGCUCACGGCGGUGAAGUCAGACGGCGGCGGCGUCAGCAGCGGCGUGUUCACCCUCAGUGACGACACGCCGCCUCCGUACAACGGCACGCACCAGGAGGCGACAGCACCAGAGAAGGAGAAGGAGAAGGACAAAGCCCCCAGCAAGGGCGCGUCGGCCGCCCAGGAGGGCAGUCCCUUCAGCCGGAGGGCGCUGCUGCGCAGGCCCGUCCUCAUCCCACUGGCCCUCUCGCUCGCCCUGCUCGUCUUCCAGCAGCUCAGCGGAAUCGACUCGGUAGUGUUCUACACGGUGAUGAUCUUCGAGAGCGCGGGCAGCACGCUGGACGACCACGUGGCCACCAUCAUCGUGGGCGCGGUGCAGCUGCUGGCCAACGUGGCGGCGCUGUUCGUGGUGGACCGCGCAGGCCGCCGCCCGCUGCUGCUCGCCUCCGGGGCGCUCAUGGCCGUCUCCAUGGCGGCGCUCGGCGCCUACUUCAACCUGCAGGAGCAGAACCGCGAGGAGGGCCUGGAGCUGCUGCCACUGGCCAGCCUGGUGGUGUUCAUGCUGGGCUACUCGCUGGGCUACUGCACGCUGCCCUUCCUACUGAUGGGCGAGCUGCUGCCGGAACGCCAGCGCGGACCGCUCAGCUCGCUUGCCGGCUCGUUCAACCUUGCCUUCAUGUUCGUCGUCAUCAAGACCUUCCACAACUUCCAGCAACUGCUCGGCAACGACGGCACCUUCUGGCUGUAUGGCGCCAUGUGCCUCGCUAGCUGCGCCUUCGUGUGGCUGCUGGUGCCCGAGACGCGCGCCAAAUCGCUCGCAGAGAUCGAGCAGUUCUUCGAGGACAGCCACCAGGCGCGCAAGGAGAAGCGCGCCGCGGCCGCUAGGGCGGUCCUGGAGACCUGA